AGUUCUGAAGCUGACAUGCUACACAUUGAAGUUGAAGACAUACAAAACCUGUUGUUUGAAGAUGCAAUAUCUAACCGGUGUCUAGAUGCAUAUGUAAAUGAGCUCAUGAAAAACCAUUCUGACGUUGUGCCGAAGUUUGACUUGAAUACUCCAGUACCGAAAUCAUUCAUCUUCAGCAGCUUCUUCCUGGACACGAUCCGAAACAAAGAGCAAAACAAAGUGAAGGCAAUGCUUGGAAAAGUAAUGAGAAAAUCUGUAGGGGCAAGAUUUCUUAUUUUUCCAAUACUCAUUCAAUUCCAUUGGACAUUGCUUGUUCUUGAUAAAGAUGAAGGACGUUGGAAGUUCUACAACUCUCUUAAACGUAGAAGUGCAAAAGAUGAACAUUGUAGUGCAACAAUACUCUUGAGGCAAGUUGUUGCGGCAUAUGUCAACAUUGACCAAAGAGAACCCUGCAGAAGAAGUAUUACUGAUGAAGUGGAGAUUCAGAAAAACUGCCCCCAACAACCAAUGGGAAGGAAAGUAUUGUUUAUAGCUUUUUAUCCAAAAAAACUCCAAAUACUAUUAAUUCACAAUGUUAGUUCCCUAUCUUAAUUAACUGAAUUCUAAAUUCUUGCAGUGUUGAUUGUGCGAUUGUCGUCUUUUCGAUAAUCAAGAAGUAUCUAUCAAAUGAAGAACAAACAAGUAAAAUAACAAAAGAAGAAUGCAGGAAAAUCAGAGCAGACUUGAUACAUUCAUUCGUGCCCUGUUGAGUAUUCUACUGGUGUAUUAAGUCUCACUUGCCCAUUCCUUUUGACUUUUAAUUUUUGAAACUUGCAACUGUUAGCAAGGUUAGAAAGGUUUAAUUUCUUGAACUUUCAACUAUUAGCAUGUGUACUUCUGUUUCAGUGCAACUUUACCAAGGCUUAGUAAGGUUUCAAGUUCUGCAUAUACCUUUUUGUCUCAAGUAUAAAAUGUAAUGUACUAUGUUUGUGUCUGCUC